UGCGCACUCUGGGGGAAAGCGGAGCUGCACCCCGCCCCGUACUGCUGCUCCACUCCUCCGCUGUGCGUGCGAGGGACGUCGGGGGCGGCGCCGCAGCAGUUGCCCUUGGUAACGGGGGAGGCAGGAGGAGGAGGAGGAGGAGGGACUCGGCGGGAGGAUGGGCUUGCUCUCAAUUUUGCGCAAGUUGAAAAGUGCACCAGACCAGGAGGUGAGAAUACUUCUCCUGGGCUUGGAUAAUGCUGGCAAGACCACUCUUCUGAAGCAGCUUGCAUCUGAAGAUAUCAGCCACAUCACACCUACCCAGGGUUUCAACAUCAAAAGUGUACAAUCACAAGGUUUUAAACUGAAUGUCUGGGACAUCGGUGGACAGAGGAAAAUCAGACCAUACUGGAGGAAUUAUUUUGAAAAUACCGAUAUUCUUAUAUAUGUAAUCGACAGUGCAGACAGAAAAAGAUUUGAAGAGACGGGUCAGGAACUAGCGGAAUUAUUGGAGGAAGAAAAACUAAGUUGUGUGCCAGUGCUCAUCUUUGCUAAUAAGCAGGAUUUGCUCACAGCAGCUCCUGCCUCUGAAAUUGCAGAAGGACUGAACCUGCAUACCAUCCGCGACCGAGUCUGGCAGAUCCAGUCUUGCUCAGCUCUCACAGGAGAGGGCGUUCAGGAUGGCAUGAACUGGGUCUGCAAAAAUGUCAAUGCAAAGAAGAAAUAAAAUCUAGACGAAUGGAGACGCGGGAGCUGCGGGAGCCGAAUUCGGUCCUGAAAAACACUAAUUUGCUGCUUUCUGACCAAAUGUUUUUCCAUCUGUGUACAGCUACAGCUGUUUGAAGGGAGGGAACAACACAGUUUAGAAAGAAUCCCCAUUCCAGCAGUAGAUUUAACUGAUCUCUGAGGUUCAGUAUCCUUUUUCAAAUAAAGGAAUUAUAUUAUUUCCUCUGCAUAAUUGAAAUAGUAUCAAAUGUCUCAAAGCACAUGAUUAGAAAAUGAGAUCUUUUAAAUGAGCAAGAGAUUGCAUUGCAGUUUAGACAAUUCCAGUGGGCUUUUUUUUCCUCUCAAAAAAAAAAAAAGAAAAAGAGGAAGAAGCAGCUUUGCUGAGUUCAUUUAUUUACUGACCCAUCCCUUGCAUUCCCUCCAUGGUUUUGAAACCACAGACAGUGUUUGCUGCUGCUGUCAGUGAUUUUUACCAUCACCAGCCCAGCCAGGCUUCAGUCUGUCCGGCAGGAAGCUGCUGGGUGGGGGUGGGGGGAGAAAAGGCAGAUAAUUAAACUAUCCCAUCGUCUUGCAGGUCAGAGACUGCGUAUGUAAUCCUCACUCUUUGGACAGAAAAAAAAAAAAAAAAACCCUUUCUUGCAGACAAGUCACUACAGAAACAUACCCCAUCCCACCCACCCCUGCCCCCGCCCCCACCCCAGCCAGCCACACAGAGAAGCAAAUUCUUAUGACUUUUGACUGUAAUGACAUCUGGAAUGUAAGGAGAGGUGGGAGGUUUAAUUCCAGAAAAAUUACAAGGUCCUUAAAAAGCUCUCACAUCGAGGGCUCAGGCUAGCGUAAACAGGCUUUCUCCAGCUCAGUGGAGCAGUGAGCAGCCGACUCUGAGAUUAGCUGGCUUCUCCGUGGCCAUCCUAUAGAUGGGAUUUCUAAAGCUCAAAGAAUUCUGUGUUUAAACGAUCACAAUAGGCUGCUGCUAUCAGAUUUUAGAAAUCAAUGCAGCUUACCAUGAACCUGCUCCACUGAGAAAAGCCAGGCAGAUCGAUUUUUAGAGAGAUCAAUUUUUACAGUGCUGGCAACUUGGUGGUGUGGGAUGCUCCUGGGUGGAGAGGGUUUGCUGCUGGGAAGGACAUGGGUGUAUGUGUGACUGCAGGGGUCGUGUCCAGGGAAGCCAGAGUCACCCCAGCUGCUGGGCUCCUCUGCCUCUCUGCAGCAGAGUGUCUGUCCUCUGUGGAUGGAUUGGAGAGGAAUAGCAGAACAUUUCUCCUGCCCCUCAAAAUGAGCUUGUUUCCCUGAACCUCAGAAAUCCUCAGCUUCAAACAUGGGGAAACAGGCCAGAGCAUUGCCCGGCUGCUGAAUUAAACUCUGUUCUGGUGCCUGAGCUCAGGGGUUUUCAGAGAAUGAAUAAGAGACUGUCCAGUGACUGGUGGGUCCCUGGGGGCCAGCUGCCUUCUCAUCCUGGGAGGUGGCCCUUCCCAAGCCCAUCAGGGCAUGUGAGCAGACUGAAGGGGCCACUGCAGCCCCUGGCCCUCGGUACCCAGCUUUUUCUGGCUAAGAGUAUGCAGCAGAGACUGAGGCAUAGCCAGCUUCAAAAGCGGUCUGGCGUGAAAGUCAUUAAAGCCAGCCAUGAAAAGGUGCCCCGGAGUUGCUGUGGACAGACCUGUAAGGACUUGCAAAACAAAAGAAAGUGAGGGUUUUUUUUAAACCGCAGAGCUAACUGCUCUCUGCAACCUCCUCCACUGGCUUCUCUGGCUCACCCAAGCUCCUCUCCUACUUUGAACAGAGGCAACACAGAAUUACAAGGAAUCAGAAAUCCCCCUUCUACCAGGCUGCAAAUGUGGCUCUAGCACUUGCAAAUUGUUUUUUCUUCCAGAUAGUUCAUCAGGGACAAGUUAUCUGAGGGGCAAAAUGCCUGCUUGGAGGUCUGCAAUUUUGGAACACUGCACUAUGGAACUUUGACUCUGGCAGUGGAGGGUCUGUAAAAUAUUUUUGUUCUUUUACCACCAACUUAGGGGACUGUUUUAAAGAGCCCUCCCAAGGCCUCUGCUAGCAGGCAGAAGCCACUCCUCUGAUAACGGCCUCUGUAAAUGUUCCGGUUUGCUCCUCAGCUGCAGAGACACAGAGACGCUGCAGAUGUCACACGCUUUCAUCUUCCCUUUGAGCCCUUUGGAACCCUCCUGGGGCUCUGGGGUAGAUGAGAGAAGCCUGGAAAAGGCAGAGUUUGAAAGCUCCCAUUUAAAAACAAAAUGCUUUUUAAAGCCCUCUUGCCUCUUCCCUGCCCACUCCUGCCCCCUGACCAGAAGACAGAAUUUGAAGCUGGAAAGGGGAGCCCCCUUUUCUCCUCCUCCCGUCCCCAGUGAAUCUUAGCGAGACUUUUGCCCUGCACACAAUUGCAUCUGAAUGUGCGGGGGAGAGGGCUGGAGGCCGGAGGGCAGGCGAGGCCUGGGGGUGUGCUCCUGAUAGGUGCUCAAGCCAGUUGUGGGAAAAACUGGAGCCCUCCCCUCCUCCUGACCUACCCCGUGUGGCUGCUUUUGGCUGGAUUCCCUGCACCCAGUGCAACACACCCUUUCCCCUUCACUCUCCCUUGGUUACUAUGGAAACAAGGGUGUCAUUGAUGUGGGCUGAGCUGGGGAACAUGUCGGUGCACAGCUGAAAGUCAGCGAUUAUGCCGGCGGUUAGAAAUGUGCCAGGGUUAAAGGAGUCUGCAGCUCCCACGGCUGCUGGGAGGACACGGUCCUGCCCCCUUCCUUCCUCCCUCCCUCCGUCUCCACUGCUCUCUCCUGGCUUUUGACAAAUUUCUUUAUUCCCCUCUGGACUAAAGUAGUGGCUAUUUUUGUGCCACUCUGCGCCCCACCCUCACUGUUGGCCGCUCCUUUUCCGGCCUGGCCUGGAGGGUGACACCGUGUCACCCCCACCAGGACUCGUCUCUCCAUUCCCGUCAGAGUUUGCUUUGAUUUCCCUUUCCUUUCCUUCUCGGGGACCAGUUCUUACUUCCUUUUAUUUUUAGCUCUGCACUCCAUGUGGUUUCAGGGUUCAGUCUGAUCCAUCAAAAGGUUCUUUUUUUAUAAUCCCUUUUGAAAAUGAUAAUCAAAGGAAGAGACGUGGUGUUUGGUCAUGUGGAAAACUCAAUGUAUAAUUUAGACGUCUGUCAAAAAUCCGACAAAUAAAAUUUAGCUGGAACGAA